AUGAUUGACGUUUGUCGAUAUUAUUAUCGUGGAAAUAUCAAAGAACAAAGGUUAAUUGAUGAAUUUGAACGAGAAUAUCGUCCAGAAGAUGCUAUUCGUUGGUAUUCAAAAGAUUCAUUUCUCUACAGAAUGAUUAACAAAGCGUUGAGAAGUGAAGAUCUUGAUCAAUUAUUUACAUUUCGAUUUUUCAUCGGUGAUCUUUCACAAAAUCUUGCUCAUGAACAUCAAAAGAUUUUUUCAUCAAAUAAAACUAUCUUAACUGUUUAUCGAGGAACGACAUUAGAUGAAAAAGAAUUUGAAAAACUGAAAGAAAAUCAAGGAAACAUCAUUUCAACUAAUGGAUAUUUAUCAACUAGUCGACUUCGACAACAAGCUAUUAAUUUUGCAAUGAAAUCAACUAAAAGAGCUGAUGUUAUUAGUGUUCUUUUUCAGAUCCAAUGUCAUAUUCAAGACAUUGGUAAAAGUGUGAUCUAUGCUGAUAUUGCUCAAUUUAGUGAUUAUCCUAAUGAAGAUGAAGUCCUUUUUGAUCUUAUUGCAGCAUUUCGAUUAGAUGCCAUCGAAAAACAAGGAUCAAUACAAGUGAUCAAUAUGUCUUUAUCAAACGAAGGAGAAAAAAUCACCAAAGAUUAUAUCGAUUUAACACAAAAAGAAACAGAAGAAAAAAGUGUUGCCAUUGUAUUUGGACGAUUGAUGUGUAAUCUAGGUCAAUAUGAUCAAUCACAGAAUUAUUUCCAAGAAUUAUUGAAAGAGCCUAAUGGAGAAGAUAUCGCUUGGAUUGAAUUCAAUAUUGGUCAAGCUCUUGAUUAUAAGGGUCAAUGGGAACAAGCUACAAUAUAUUAUGAUCGAGCAUAUCAACGAAUGACAAGUGCAACACCAGUACGAAUUAAAGAUUCAGCUCAGGUUAUGAAAAAUAUUGGCGGUAUUUUCUAUCGACAAGGAAAGUACGAUGAAGUUCUCAAUUUCCAUCAACGAGUACUAAAAAUUCGGGAAGAAUUCUGUUCAUCUGACUAUGCUGCAGUUGAUCAAAGCCUUAACUACAUUGGGCUUCUUCUUGAUUCGCAAGGAAGAUAUGACGAAGCUUUAGAUUACCAUCAACGAGCACUAAGACUUCGCGAGAAAUUCUUUCCAUCUGGCCAUGUCGAUGUCGCUUCAAGCCUCCACAACAUUGGUCAUACACUCUGUCAUCAAAAAAAAGUACCAUGA